UUCUUUAACUACUUGCAAAAUGGAAAUUGAUAGAUUGUCAGUUGCCCUCCGCUCAACAAACUGGCAAUUAUCUCCUAAACUCGAAAAGAAUGUUUAUGAGUUCUGUGACUGUAUUGACAUUGAACUUCAUUGGAGCAAAAAUAGAUUCUCUUCCAAUCCUGAAGCCAUUUUUAUACAACGAACACAAAUUCCAAGCAUGGAAAAGGCUCUAGAAUAUCUCAAUCACGUUUUAAACCAAGCUCGCUGCAUCCGCCGUAUCAAUCUCAAUGUUCAGGUGUCAACAACGGGACUGGUAGAAUCGCUUCUUGCACCACUUAUUGGCCACGAAAAAGUCCGUCUUGAAGAGUUGUAUGUACGCAGGCGCUAUAUAGGACAAUACUUCCCAAAAUUGGCUAAACUAAUUACGGCUAAUGCCAAGACUUUGCGCGUUAUAGGCAAAAUUGGGCUAACUGAAGCUAUUGAAGGUUUCAAUGAACACAUUGCACUAAAACGUCUUUCCCUCAUCAACUUUGAUUUAGUCGACAAAGAGCAUUCAGAAUUAGACAAUGCAGACUUGGCUUUAACAUCCAGAUUUUAUAUUCGCAGACUAGCCGGAUUGGGAGCUUGUUUUGACCAUUUAUCAUAUACUUGCUACACCGGAUUUGAAAUAACUCGAAUGCCUGUGUUAUUUAUGCUUCGUGUAUGCAAGGUAAAAUCCCUACGCCUGACAAUGCAAUGUGGAACAGCCAUUUUAGACCCGCCUACCCCACGUGUUCUCCUUCCAGAAUUAAAAAUAUUGGAAUUAGUUGGAAGUAUGGAAGUUCGCUCAGACUUUCUAUCCCGUUUAUUUCCCUCUUUGGAACGUUUUGAUUUUCAAAAACAAGACCUCAUAACUGGUCUAGUUCAGCGCGCACGUGUUCUUUCAAACUUUGAUUUUGUGAUUGAACCAAAUAUUAAUCCAAUUGCCGCUGCUUGCUAG